AAGAAAAAAACAAAUAUGCGAAGAGUGACGUUCGAAAAUUCACACAACAGCGCACGACGUGUGUGGCCGCGGCGUCUGCAGUGUGUCUGUUCGCCUCUCACCGGGUGUGUGUCUGUGGUGCCACUGCUGCACACUCCUUAUCCCGGCAGUGUGUGUGUCUCAGGGAUGUCUUACUGUAAGCAGGAAGGAAAGGAUCGUGUGAUAUUUGUAACAGAAGAGGACCAUAAUGGUCCUGCUGAGGUAUCAUUACCUGAAGAUGAUGAGGCACCAGCGGGCCUUAUACUGCCUGAUGGUGAAAUCAACUGGGCCUGCCCAUGUCUGGGGGGGAUGGCAACGGGGCCUUGUGGAGUUGAGUUUCGAGAGGCAUUCUCCUGUUUUCAUUACUCCACUGCAGACACAAAGGGCAGUGAUUGUUUAGAACCAUUCAAACAAAUGUCUGAGUGCAUGGCACAAUACCCCAAUGUUUAUGGUGAUAAGGACAAGGAAGAAGAGAUUGCAGCAACAGCUACUGACCUUCCAAAUGGCUCCCAGCCCUCUGAUGAGGUGACAGCCAAGGCAUAGCAGCAGUCUGGUGAUCAGUUUGCAUGAACCUCACUUAGGACCACAACAGUGAGAAUCACUGAGGGAGACUAAUACUAUGACUUUGCAGUAUUAGUGAUGCUCAUUUUAGAGGAAGAAUCCAUACACUGUGUAUCAGGUGACAGUUGAGUGGCCCCUCAGUUACUUGCUGCCUGUGGUAUCUUGUAAAUAAUUAUUCUUAAGAAAAUGGUUUGUUGACAGAUAAUAUUUUCAAGUUAUCUAUUGAGUGAGUAAUGUGGUUUAAAUGUAAAAAUGUAACAUAAAUGUUUGUUUUGAGUAAGUUGAAUAAAAUCUUUGUUUAAACAAAGUGCAUUUGAAGGCUCUAUGAGACCAAUUUUUAACAUAAUAAAGAAUAUGAAAUGGC